AUGGCAAUCAAUAUAAAAUUUACAAAAUUUGACAACACACCAUGGGGCUUUCGACUAGCUGGUGGCAACGAUUUUCCGCAGCCACUUACUGUUAUCAGAGUCACGGAGGGAAGCCUGGGCGAAUGUAUGGGUUUAAAGGUCGGAGAUGUCGUAGUAAGAUUGAACGAUCAAUCGAUUAUCAACUUGACUCACGGACAAGCGCAUGAAGCACUAGUGCACGCUGGCAACAAUUUCGUUUUAGGUGUACAAAGAGAGGAGGAGGCACGAAAGGCCGCCGAAGCGAUAUCGGAAGAGACCAUCGUCCCAUAUAAGAUCGCCCUUGCAGACUUACUGCCAGUCUUCCCAGAACAGAUCUUAAAAGAAGAGACAGUGAUCGAGCGAUACGAAGAAGAGAAUACCGUCGUCGAGCCGUUGUCCGCUGAGGACGAGAUCAGGAAAGAGGAGGAGAAGCUCGCGGAGGAGAAACCGGUGGACGCCAACAGCGAAAUCGUGGCCAACAAAAAUCUUACGGAUGACGAGAUCGCUCAGCUGAUCCUCGAGGAGGAGGAGCUCUUGUCCGAUAAAGGAUUAUUGGGAGUAAACUUCAAGAAAUUAAGACCGCGAGCCUCGAUCCUGAAAGAUUCAAAAGUUCUGGAGGAGCUGCAGAAUAUCGCGAUAGCGGAGCCCGAGCGAGUACAAGAAUUGAAGCGCACUUCCACUUUCCUGCAAAAGCCGCAACGACCAAUACCGAAGGUGAAAAACGAGCCGAAAGUGGAAGAGGACGAAGGAGAAACUUAUAAGGUCGUGAUUAAGAAACAGGACAAGAAGACAGUAAUCGCACGUCUCGUGGAAAAAGGUUUGUUGCCGCCAGGAUCAGAGUCAACCAUCAUCAAGACACCGGAACCACCGGAACCGUCCGAGACAACUUCAGCGACACCAGAGUUCGUAUGCAGGACAGAGCAAGAGGGAAAAUCUGAUUCACGUCCCGCAUCAAAGGCAGAAGAAACAGAAGAAAAGAAAGGCUACGAAGUCGACGAGGUCGAAGCAAAAGAAAGACCAGAGUUCAAGGAGGAGGAUCGUCCCGAAUCUUGUAAGGCAAGAUUAACGCAGGACGAGCAAACAGUAGCCGAGGAAGAUUCGAGCGUCUCCACAUCAGAUCCGGUGGCAGUAAAAACCAAUAACAAAGAGAAGAUCAAGCAACUGGUAUCCACGGAGAUCAGCCUCGAGCAACAAUUGGAGAACGUGCAGCGACAAUUGCUGGCUCUGAAGCAGCUACCAAGUGAAAUCGAAAAUCACCUGAAGAUCGUGUCCGAGCAACUGCACAUGAUUAUGGAACUUAGUGGCGUGCAGGGAUCCCUUGGCAACAGAAACGGUGGCUGCCGCGGGUUGUCAGAAGAGAAUACCAUGGCACGGCAAAAGGACGACGAGGAGUUGGAACAGCAGGAGGAGGAUACUGACGAAGAAGACGAAGAAUUUACGGAGACUUACGAUUACAUCGAAGAGAUUGCGUGUUUGGAGCGAAGGACGUCAUCGAGGUCAACGCCGCAAGUGAUCGAGCCCAGUGAUGACGAGGGGGAAAUGGAGGAAGAGGAAGCGGAGAUGAAAGAACUGGACGGUAUGAUUUCCGUGAAGAGCGCGGACGAGGAAGGAAGUAGAGUGAAGAAAUUUAUCGUCUCUUAUGAAACUAAAGUUCUAAAAUCGCCCAGUCCAGCACCAUCGCACGGAAGUUUCGAACCAGAUCCUAAACUGUCACCAAAAGACCAAGUUAUACAGGAACUCCAGCAAAGGGUGCACAAGAAAGGCAAAAAGCAUUCGCAAGAACUGUGGCCGCAGGCUAGGCAACUCGAACUUACGCAAGGUCGCCGAUGGAGAUGCCCGAAUGAUUUCUUCAACGAUGAGAUGAUAGCGGAAGUGUUGACCUGCCAGGCGGAAGUUAUUCGUGGUAAAGCAAUGGGAGUGAACUUCAAGAAGUAUGAGAAGACGAAUUUACCAAAUUAUGAUUACCUGAUGAAUUCGAGUGUUUAUAAGAUGAUUCAUAAAAUGGAGCGAGAACCGAAAAGGGGUAUCCCCGUCAGACCCGCUAAAGUCAAUGCGGCGGAAGAUAUAAUCGAAAGAGUUAAAUCACCGGCGUUGAGUGUUAUAGACGACGGGAGCGCUCGAAGUGUCAGCCACUAA